GCCUUUUCAAGAUCGGCUGCGGACACCAGCGUCGAGAAUUCGAGCGAAUCUGCGGCACGGGACGGGCUGAACUGAUGGCGCUCGUUCCCACAUAUCACAUAGUAUCGACAUUUUCAUUGCGUGAAACCCUUUCACCCGCGCGCUGGAAGGACGUCGUCUGCUAUCGAGCGCGUCGUCUGCUCUUUCAAGACCACCUGCGCUUCGAAAACUCCAGCAAACAUCGGGUGCCGGAGGGACUGACGGCGCGCGUCCGCGGAGGAAAUGUCACCGCGUCUCAAAAUCUAGUCGACUUCAAGGGGAAAGUCGCGUCCAACUCGACCCGCGAACGUCGAAUCCAGCGCCCGGCGAACGCGGUUGUUGGGGCGAGGCUCUCGCAGGCGGCGCUACAGGGGCCGCGGUGGCCCGCUGCCACAGAGGCCUAGUUCCGGCUCCGUCCGCGGCGCGCCGCUCGGCGCGUCUCCCGGCGUCGGCCUCCGAUUGGUCGGCGGCGCUUGCCCUACUUAGGCUGCCGCCCCGAGCCAUCGCCGUGGAAAAGCGUUCGCCGUGUGUUCUCGGCGCGGUCGCUCACAUCGGACUCGUACCCGAGGGGCUUUUCACCCUGCGUUUGUAGACGCCGACGACCCCUUGACCACCCGUGCGUCGUUGCCCCGCGGUCAGGACCCCUUCCGCCGACCAGCCCCGAACGUACACACUCGCACCGCAGGCCACCGCCGCGCAAGCCUUGGAUUUGAAACCAAAGUGUGCUGUGUGUUGUGUCUGCCGCCGCCGUGUCGGAGCGGCGCCCAAAGUAGGCUUACCGGCGGCCGUCGCGUCGUCGGGCUCCUCGGGAAUUUGGUGUGCCCGCUCGUUCGGAUCUUGGGCGACGCACUCGAACCCGUGCUUCGUCGGGAACGUUUUGAACCGACACCGGAUCAUCCUGGCGACCGCCUCACGGAGUACAUCUCGAAGAUCGUCCCAUGAGACCACGGAUUAAUCCAUCUUGACCCUCCAGCGCGCUCAAACCGAAAGGUUUGCGUCGAGGUCCGGCGGAUGCUCUGGAGACGGGGGGCCUCGGGGGUCCAGGGCCCCUUGGAUGCUCUCUGAGCCGCAGCUGCAGCCGCUCGCGCCCCGGCUGCGCUUGCCGGCCCAGCCCCCGCCCAGGCGGGGCGACGGCGCCGUGCACGCCUGGGCCCUGGGCAUGAAGCCCGUGCUGCUGCAGGCGGCCGGGGCUGGGCCCGGCGGGGCCCUCGCUGGCAGGGCCUCGCCGCCCGCGCUAUCGCCCAACCUGCCCAGCGUCGUCAAGGUGGAGCCCCGGCUCCCGAGUCCGUGCGUGGGUAGCGACCUGUCGGGCCCUUCGGCCACGUCGGCCUUCUCGCCGUCCAAGCGACUGCGGCAGGAUGACGCCGGCGCCUGGAUCUCGUCGCCGUCGUCGCAGAUGUCGGUGGGCUCGCUGUCGCCGCCGCCGCCGCUGCUCAACGGCGCCGGACUGUCGCUGAACAGCGCCAGCCACAGCAACAACAACAGCAGUGGACUGUCGCCCGUCUCCUGCUCCAGCUACGAGACGUACAGCCCCAGGGGAACAUGCAAAGAGGAAAUGAGCCCGAGCAGUGGUGGCAUGAAUGGCUACUAUGCGGACAGCUUCGGAGACCCCAAGAAAAAGAAAGGUCCAGCCCCGAGACAGCAGGAGGAACUCUGCCUCGUCUGCGGAGACAGAGCCUCUGGCUACCAUUACAAUGCCCUUACCUGCGAAGGUUGCAAAGGGUUUUUCCGGCGGAGCAUCACCAAGAAUGCGGUCUACCAGUGCAAGUAUGGCAAUAACUGUGACAUCGACAUGUACAUGCGGCGCAAGUGUCAGGAGUGCCGCCUUAAGAAGUGCCUCAGCGUCGGAAUGCGGCCAGAGUGUGUGGUGCCCGAGUACCAGUGUGCCAUCAAGCGAGAGUCCAAGAAGCACCAGAAGGACAAGGACCGGCCCAACAGCACGACGCGGGAGAGCCCCGCCACCUCGAUGGGGCCUUCCCCGGGUCCCCCCCCACCGUCGGGGAUGGGGGGCGGCAUGCCACUGGGCAACAGCAACAGUAGCAGCAGCAACAACCUCAGCGGAGGGGGCAGCAGCGUGGUGCAGCUUAUGGAGCCCGAGGACAAGAAGCCCCUUGUGCUCAGCCCCGGGGUGAAGCCCCUCUCAUCGUCCCAGGAGGACCUCAUCAACAAGCUAGUCUACUACCAGCAGGAGUUUGAGUCCCCCUCCGAGGAAGACAUGAAGAAAACCACGCCCUUUCCGCUGGGUGACAGUGAAGAGGACAACCAGCGGAGGUUUCAGCACAUCACGGAGAUCACCAUCUUGACAGUGCAGCUCAUUGUCGAGUUCUCCAAACGAGUCCCCGGAUUCGACACCCUCGCCCGGGAAGACCAGAUCACGCUGCUCAAGGCGUGUUCGAGCGAGGUGAUGAUGCUGAGGGGCGCCCGCAAGUACGACGUCAAGACGGACUCUAUCGUGUUUGCCAACAACCAGCCGUACACGAGGGACAACUACCGCAGCGCCAGCGUGGGGGACUCUGCGGACGCCCUGUUCCGCUUCUGCCGCAAGAUGUGCCAGCUGCGGGUCGACAACGCAGAGUAUGCCCUGCUCACCGCCAUUGUUAUCUUCUCCGAGCGCCCCUGCCUGGUGGACCCACACAAGGUGGAGCGGAUCCAGGAGUACUACAUCGACACGCUGCGCAUGUACUCUGAGAACCACCGGCCGCCAGGCAAGAACUACUUUGCCCGGCUGCUGUCCAUCCUGACGGAGCUGCGCACCCUGGGCAACAUGAACGCCGAGAUGUGCUUCUCCCUCAAGGUGCAGAACAAGAAGCUGCCCCCCUUCCUCGCAGAGAUCUGGGACAUCCAGGAGUGAGCGUCCCGGCGCACAAGCAGCAGCUCCCUUUCGACGCCGCGCGGCUGGCUCGCAUCGUCGUCUGCUUCCGGACUCGUGGCGAGGUCGGAACUUUCGCGUCUCGCCCGGCGCGAUGCCGGCGGCCAGGUGCGGUCAAAGUCGAAUCGGCCAACGUUGGUUUCCUGGGGAGAGAAGGGUUCGAAACGACGACGAAAGAAGAGGGGAACCGACGAGUGGUGGCGACGACUACGGUCGGUGCUGCGUCUCGUGUGUCCGCCGUUGCAGUGAUACGAAGAACGAUCGGCACCGCCAUCCACAACAAACCCCCCAACCACCCAACUUCAUGUUUUUUUCCCCUCUUACAUCGUGUUUUUUAAGUUAAUUGUGCCGUGAAAAAAAAAAAAAAAGAAUACCCAACACAGAAACAACCUCCAGAGGGGCAUUUUGGAGUGUCACACGACGAAUCGUGGAAGGAUCGAAAAGGAAAGGGCAAGGUGGCAGGGAGAGGAGAUGGGAUUCCCUCUGCCCAGUCGGGUGGGGUGCGAUCGGUCGACGCGGGCUGCUGCCACAGAGGUGCAUUCAUUCCAUGCUUGUCGUUUUAGAGUUUUGUUUUUCAACCUCCCCGGGUCGGAGAGGUUAGAUCGUUGACUGCCGCUGUCUGACUGCCCACCUUCACGGGUUGCUCUCUCGGGGUGACUUUUGGUCGCCCCACUCUAGGUUUUUAGAGAGGCCGAAGCAACGAGCCGUCGUCUCGCAGCACAAUUUUAUCGGACUUCUUGUCAACUCCAUUCUCUUGGCCCUGCUGCUACAGCCUUUUUUCUUUUUAAACUGGGGAAGCUCUUCGUUCAAGUGCCUUAAAAAUGUAGACAAAGUAAGGGAAGAGUUUGGGUAUUGCGUCGUGCCGUCAAUCUUUUUUUUUUCUUUUCUUUUUUAUAUACUUUGGAUUUGGAAAGUUUUUGCACCGAGGGCUUUUAUCAUUUCAUGCAUCGCAUCAUCCUUCAUUUAGGUAGGACUAUCUAAGAAAAACAAAAUAACAUAAGUAUCUCGCUUCCUUUUACGUUUUUGCUGACUCGAACAAUGGGCAAGUUCUCAAUGCGAUUCUUGGCGUUUUGGGGGGGGGGGGGGGGGGGGGGCAAAUGGAAAGAACGAUUUUGGGACAAAGUUCUAUGUGAUCAGGCUGCCGUAGCCAGCGAGAGGAUUGGGCGUCGUGCCCGGAAGCGCACGGCGUAAAGAAAAUCGCGGGGAUUUUUUUCUUUCUUUUGUUUUGCUGUGCUUGCACAUCCCGCCCCACUCCCUGCCACCUUUGGAAGUGAAGGCAGCUGCCGGAGUCGCAACUGCACGUCGUCGGGCAGCGUUCUGCGGCCUGCGCGACAGGGGCUUGCUUAUGAGUGAGAAAACGCACAACACUUGGACAAUGACUGUACAAAUGACUCUCCCGUCUUGUUUGUUUUCUUUCAUCAUCGUUGGCUCUACUGUUCUCCCUCCCUCCUCCCCCGAUGUGUCCGUAUCUGUUUCGUCGGCUUCUGCCCGUCGGAGAGGGCAUGCCUCGUCCCGUCUGCGUCGUUUCACAUCGAGGCGUGUGCGUGUGUACAUAAUCGCGUGUGACAGUGGGAUACACCGCAGCAGCGGCGGCCAUGCCUACGAAGGGGACGAGAGAGAGAGGCGUCUCGGUGGUCAAAGUUUGUUACCGGUGAAAAGGACUGGCGUAAGAGGAGGGGGGCCCACACAAGCGCGAGAAAGCCAAGUAACCCACCAGAGACAUCUGUUUGCAUAGGAAGCACUUUCCGAUCUCAGAAAACAAAAACCGAUGAAACGAAAACGGACUAGAAAUGCGCAAACAGCGAUGGCGUCGACUUGGACGUUGCCGGCAACGGAGCAAGUGGGACCUGUGUGUGCGUGUUCUGUGCGCGAGCGUUGCAAGCGGCGGCAGCGUGCUUCGGCCAAACCCCGGAGGUCUCGGCUUCCGCGGACCGUCUGGACUUCUCCGCCCUCCCGUCUUCGUGACUGAAUCUCAAAGGGACAGGAAAAGUGGGGCAGCGAGAACCACAUACUAAUGGAAAAUCGAAGGAACGCAGCGCGGACAUCACAUGCAACAUCACUGGUGCUUCUUUUUUUUUUUUUUUUUCCGCUCGAUUUAAGGUGUUUGGAAGGGAUGUUGUGAGCGGGGAAACGACGGGAAAAAGCGCAAUGUGUUUUUCGGCAGGCCAUGCCGCAAACGAAAAGCAAGGUAGGCAGCAGUGCUGUGAAAACUGUAUAAAAAAGAAAACUGAGUGUUUUUUUUUUUUAGUGUUUAGUACUCUUUUAGCUCUGAAAAAUUCUAUUGACUGGGAACUUCUCGAUAUGAGCAUGUGCUUCACACUGUCAUGAGUGUAGUAGAGUACUAAUUUCUGCUUUGACGACUACCAUGUUCUCUCCCACCAAGCAAGGGUCGGGUCGCUGCCAUCCUUGCGGACACCAAUUGACCUCUCUGCGUGUUUGAGUCACCCGCAGGAUGUUUUAUCACCGGCUGGCUUUCAUUGUCAAUUUUUAAGCGCGGGCGGGAAGGAUCCAAGUCCUGUUUACUUCAACAGCAAUGGGAAAUGAAAAACCUUAAAGAAUAAGAAACAGACAAAGACAAAGUUUAGGUUUAACGCCGUCAUCGACUCGCUGCUUCCCACCACCCAUUACGACCCUUCGUUUCUAUAAGCCGCACACUUUUUUGUUCACGCUCUGCUACAUACCCGUGUACCUGAUUUUCAUAAGAGUUUCAUGAUCUCUGCAGCGAUCACAGUGCGAUUCGUGCAUCUGGGAACACGGUAGUCUUAGUUGAAAUUUGCCCCCUUUCAAAAGAGAAAGAAAAAAAAAAGGACAUGUAGCUUGGAUCUUGCCGCCCCUGCUCCGACGAUUGCUCAUCGUUUUAAGAACCAACAUCCUAUUUGUUUCUUUGAGGGUUUUUACGUUUUAGAGGCCGUUUUCGAAAGAAAUGUGAAAUGCACAAUGUGGGCAUAUUUUGUUGGUGAAUUCCACGCAGGUAGGAUAUGUGUCGCAUCUUUUUGUUUGUUCUUCUUUUUCGCGGCUUUUGUACCGCUUGCGAGGGAUAUUUAUUGCUAGGCUUUGAAGUCCCCCAAGCCUUUCCGGGCUACGAAAAAUGCAAAGGACACCGGCGAGAGGACGUAACGAGAAACAAGGUGAGGCGGCUGGGACGCCAGUCGCAGAUUCAAGAGGGCCCACACCUAUAUAUAAAUAUUCAUAUACUAUUCAUAAGAAUAUAUUGAAACAUGGAGAUACAUCGAUGCACACACUGUCGUGGCCAAGGGCGCUAUGUUCUUUGCUGCGAGUUUCCUUAUUAACCAGAGCCAAGGAUGCCUCGUUUUUCUGUAGUGAGAGAUAACAGAUGAGUGUCCUUCCUCCAAGCGCUCGCCGUGGAAAUGUUGCUGGUUUCCAAGCCCCUUUCGUCCUUUGUGGCGCCUCUUUCUCGAGCCCGUCGCUCUCCUUGCUUUUGUUGCCGGCGAACCUGCGUUCCUGCAUGUUCGACAUGGCUACGGUCGUUUUAGGUUUGUACGAAUUACUACGCGGACUCGACAAAGGACUGCUCGGUUGGAGGCUGUUUUAGGCUUUCGGAGAUCUCCGACAACGAUCCCGAAACUUGCUCCACAUUUCAAAGUUGCAUCUUCAGUCUGUGGAAGAGGUUUCUGACAUGUAGUCAUCCUAGCCGGAGAAAUCGUCAACCCAGCGUUCCGAUCUCUUCCACUUGCAAGGCCGCUUAGUGUUGCAGAGAUAUCUGCCAAAAUUGUACAGCCACGAACGGCAGGAACCACUCGUUUUCUGGUUGCGUUUCCCCCCCUUCGAACGUGUUUUUCCACUGCAACAAGCUCGCAGAUGUUUUUUUUUUUUUUUUUUUUUUUUUUGUGUGUGUUCUGCUUACGGCGAGAGCCGUGACUGUGAUGAAGAGGAGGACUGAGCGCCUUGUCCCCGGACGUGUGGAAGCCGCAGUUUCUGGGCCACUGCAGAGAGAACUGGACGGUACCUUGUGCCUUGACCAAACAUAGCGAAGCUCUAUUUUUGCGGAUGGACCUAUGGUGCUAAAGCUAAAGCCAGAUCCUUCAGAUGCACACUAUGGCACGACAGGAAAACCUAUCUGAAAGCUCAAAAAGGAUUCCUUCUCUUAAGAGACGAUAUCCGGCCUUAGCAGCGUGGCUCCCUCGCCUGGGGGACGGGCGCAUCGCGAACCCCCACACUGUGUUUCCGUCCACCAAUAAUAGAGAGGAAAGAGAAAAGAAGAUCUUCCUUUUGAGGCCAGAAUCUUCUGCUGCCAUUUCAGAGCUGCCACCGUAGCUACUGUCACUGUCACUUGUAUACAGCUGCUGCCAUUUUGAUUUUGUAAGAGUCGAAGUACUACUUCUUUGUGAGCGUGUCACAGCUUGGUCCUCCACCAGAAAAGGAUAAGUCGUCGAGGAGAGUAGAUUUGGACGACGAUUGGGAGCAGUUUUUGGUUCGACACAGUUGCGUAACAAUUGCUAGAAAACUUUGUGGACGGUAGUGUCCAUCAAAUGUGACAUUCAAAGGCAGGGGCAAAGUUAACGGUCUAUUCUCGCUGCGGUAACUGGUCUGCCAACUUUGCCUGCAUGCCCAAUGGAACCUCCCCGUUGGCGAACCUCGCUAUAGUUUGACGUCGUCGACCGUCGUCAAAUGUGAGCAUGUUUGUCAACAGGUGGUGCCGUUGAACUCUGUAUGCAGGCGGAGUUGCCAUCAGUUGGUCCAGUGGGACAAAGCCGAGAGAACUGGAAAUAUUCGCUGGGGUCGCGGGGGCUGCAAAGGAACGGUUUCAGGUGGCACCACGUUUGUACGGGCAGGAGUGCAGUAUCGACGAGUGCAACAGUAGACAAGAUGUGGCAGAAUCUUAGCGCAGUCCUUUGGUUUCGUGACAUUUCCUCCCCCCUGCUAGACAAUCGAUGCUUUCCCAUCUCCCUUUAGUGAACGCCUGGAAACCAGCAACAUUGCCCAAAAGACAGUCUCCUUACAUCUCCGUGUCGUUGUCGCCCUACCGUGUCGUCGUUGCCCUCUGUGGACGUGGGUUGGGCUUGCGGACAUUUUGGCUUGGCCUCAGGGUAAUGCUUUUGUACACUUACUUUUUUGGGGAGAGAAGAAUGGUGCCCCGAUAGUGUGGUUAGGAAGGAUUGUGACUGUCCUUGUGUAAUUCUUGCAGCUUCGUUGCCACCUCCCUUCCGUACUGUGUCCGGUAGCGGUUGUUGGUGUGCUUGCUCUCCCAUCUUUCUAUUUUCCCCGCGUUCCUUAGGUGCUUCUUCGUUAGGGAGGGGCCGACGUUCCCACGUUUUUGUGAACACCUCGAUGAUGGCUAAUGCUGUGAUUUUUCCCCUUUUGUUUCCCCCCCCCCCCUCGCGACUGUUCCCGUUGUUAUCGUUCCCGAAGGUAGCUCUGCCUGUUUGCUACGUGUCGUGUCUCGUGGGAACCUUCUUGGCCGCCACGACGCGCUUUUGUGCCCCCCCCCCCUCCCUUGUGUCUUCCUCGUCUCUUGAGUCGUGCCAGUCGUCCUGGUUCCUAAUUUAUUUCGUGCGGCAUUUCAAAACUGCCUCCCGUGUCUUUUGUGUCCCGACCUCCCCGUGUAGUCGAGCUGCUGCGUAAAUGAGGCCGAACCUGACUGCAGAAUCGGCGGGCAAGUGGCGUUUUCCUCAAAGGUGUCGGACGAGAUCCGGAAGUAGCAUGGGUGAUCUUUUUUGUCUAGGGAGCGGCGUCGAGCCGUCGCUGGCCAUGUUUAUGCCCACCUUCCCCGCCCCUUCUUCGUGUCUGUACUUUUGGCGAGCGCAUGUGUCCUCCUCCGGUAUUUUCUGAGCGAAACCCGUCGAAUCAUUGUCUACGCAGAUUUGAGCCUUUAGAGAGAAGUGCUGCGUGCACGUGGCCAGAGUUAUUUUCGAGCCUCCCCCUACCGCCACUCGCAACCGCCGAACGGGAGCGAGUGGGAAAAUACUGGAGCGGUGCCCCGUUAUUUUUCAUAAUCACGCGCAACCGACGUGCAGAGAGAGAACACAGAGCAACUAUACUAUUAUUAUUACCACGGCGUUACUAACAAAGCUUGUAAAUAGUCGACAAUGUUUAUACUUAUGAGAGAGAGGCAAGAGGGGUUGCAGGCGAGAGAAUGGACUGUGGGAGAGCAGAGAUGGGAAUAAGUUAUGUUUGUUAUGGACUUUGUGCAAAUUCUUGUUUUUGGUUUCCUCUCCUCACGUGUAUGUGUGUAUGUGCGUGCUACUUUGGAAGGGAGAGAAAAAAGAAAGCACAUGGGAUGCGCCUCUCUGCGGGCGUGCGCACAUGCGAGAGGUACAAAAUGGGGGUUGUUGUGCGCUCAGGUCUGCUACUGUUUUUUGUUGUACAGAUUGUAUCUUUUUUGCAAUGUUCUAUAUUUUUAAAAAUUAAAAAUCCUCGGCCCGAUUUACCAUUACCAAA